GAUUGUUUCUCUCUGGUUUUGGAAAAGAAUUUUAGCCUGCCACUGUAAACCAAUUUGUGAAGAACUCUAAUAAGACCUGUCAGGAAGUCCAAUGGACACCGUAAACAACGACCAUCAGAGAAAUGGAAGCAACAAGGAACACGAUGACUCCACUGAAUGGGAUCUGUCAAAGUCUCUACCUAAACUGCCCGUGCCGUCCCUGCAGUCGACGCUAAACAAAUAUUUGACGGUGAUGAAGCCCGUGCUGUCGCCGCCACUGUUUGCCAAGAUGUCGUACAUUGUGGAUCAGUUUCGCCAAGAUGGCGGCGAGGGAGAGGUCCUCCAGAACUACCUGCUAAAAGUCUACGAGGAGACCGAUAACUGGGCCAACAAAUGGUGGCUGGAUGACAUGUAUUUAAAAAUUCGUCUACCACUUCCGGUGAAUUCCAACCCAGGAAUCAUUUUCCCCAAACAACGCUUCACAAACCAAAGACAACAAAUCAGGUACGCCUCUCAACUCGUGUGUGGAGUCUUAGACUAUAAGUCGAUGAUUGACAGCCACACGCUUCCUGUGGAUCGGGUCAGCUACAAGGAAAAAGGACAACCUAUGUGUAUGAGGCAGCACUACGACAUGUUUACCUCGUAUCGGGCGCCAGGUGUCGUGAAAGACGUACAGAUGAAGGGACUGGGUAACCGAGGUCAUGACGUCAUCACUGUUCUGUGCAAAAACCAGAUGUUUGCCAUGGAGGUCACUUCAAAUUCCGCCACAGCGUCUUACGAAAAGAUUUAUCAACAACUUGAACUCAUAACAAAGCUGGCAGACGUGGACGCUGGCAACGCGCCAUCUAUCGGUGUUCUGACGUCACAGUCACGUGACAGAUGGGCAGAAUCGAGAAUAACUCUUCAGAAAGACCCCAGUAAUAGGGAGUCGCUGGAGCUGAUAGAACAGAGCAUAUUUAUUCUGUGUCUGGACGAUGGAACUGUUCCACGCUACGAGUCCAGUAAGAAGCUGGAUGACACGGCUCUGGCACUGCACAUGUUGCACGGGCAGGGUACGAAUGUUAACACGUGCAACAGGUGGUUUGACGCCACUAUGCAGUUUGUCGUCGCCGCCAACGGGUCCUGUGGUAUGAACUACGAACACUCUGUGGCAGAAGGAAUCGCUGUUGUACAAAUGGUCGACCACGCCCUUCGAUAUGUAGAGAGCACGCAAACUGAAAAGUCACCGCCAGUUUCAAAUGGGUUGGAGUUUUCCAUUCCCAGAAAACUGACUUGGAACAUCUCCACCAAUACGCUGAAGGCCAUAGACGUGGCCAUCCCAAACAUUGACAAGAUAAUUGAUGAUCUGGACAUGUCUGUUCUACAUUUCGAAUACUUCGGCCGAGAGUUCCCCAAGUCUCAAGGAAUGAGUCCAGACUCGUUCAUUCAGUUGGCGCUACAGCUGACCUAUUACAAAAUACACGGCACGCUAGUCUCGACAUACGAGAGCGCGUCCAUUCGCCGCUUCCGGUACGGACGUGUAGACAAUAUCCGGGCCAACUCACCAUUAGCUCUGGAGUGGGCCAAGGCGAUGAUAGGAGAGGCCGAGAUUACAGAUGAGGAAAAGUUCAGUUUGUUACAAAAGGCACUCCGUUGGCAGAUGGACAAUCUCACUGAGACAAUACUGGGUCAGGGCAUUGACUGUCACCUUCUCGGCUUGAAAGAGUCCGCGUUUGAACUGGGACAACCUGUUCCGGAACUGUUCACACACGAGUCCUACAAGAUAGCCAACCACUUCAAGCUGUCAACCAGCCAGGUUCCAACCUCAAGAAAGGAUUUCUUCGUCUGCUACGGUCCAGUGGUACCCGAUGGCUACGGCGUGUGCUACAACCCAGGUCGAGACAACAUCCUGGCGUGCGUCACUUCCUUCAACAGCUGUGACGACACAGACUCCAACUUCUUCUCCUUCACACUAGAGAGCAGUCUCCUGCAAAUGAGAGAACUUUGUCUGAAAGGUGCUCUCCCUGCUUCUCCUCCUCCGUCUUCGUGACACGAGCCGUAGUGAUGAGCUACUAAGAAAACAAAACGUCCUUGUGACUAAAACUGUAGUGUUCAGCUGAUAAAAGAAGUCCGUGUAGUAUAGCUUUAAGCAGUAUGUUGUAAACGUGGAAUUAGCUUAGGUAGCUGCUUUAACAUACACCACUGUAGGUGGUCUAAACCGCGGAUCAAUGUUACAGCCUCAGCUUCAAAGCACGGACCAAUUUCACAAACCGUCGUAAUAUAAACCCAAUUUUUGCACGUAAACAUAAUCUACGACUAACUCACAAUUCGUAGGCCUAUUACUACUAACGGUAUAACUAAUAUAGCUUGAAGUAUACAUAAUAUAUAUUAGUUCGUCCUUACGAUGCUCCAUUUUUUCGCAAAGAUGUAAGUUUCUGCGUGAAAUAGAUAACAAAAUACAUGUAAUCGUACGAUAGGUAUAAUUACUAGUCGCGAACGUAAACUUACGAUGUUUUGUGUAAUUGGCACUGACGGGAACGCUUCGUGACGUUGUAAAAUGGACAUUAGAACCUCCUCCCCCAACCGCCGCAUGAAUUGCUGCACCCGAACCAGUACAACCAUUUUAAAAUUCUGUGCAACAGCAAUAUAUGAUAUAACAAAUAUUGAGCUGAAAUUGCAUUUACACUAAUUAACUCGCGAAAUAGGCCGCCUGCUGUGAUAUAAGUUGAAGAAACGUUUUAAUAUAGAUACCAAAAACUAAUAUUGCCAAUCGCACGUCCAUGUAUUAAAAAUUAAAGAGUGUAAUAAAUAUUUGUGCGCAUUCACGCACGACGUGUUUGUGCGUGCGCGCUAAUGGUAUGUUUGUGUGUACCACGUCUGGGCGUGCACGUGUGUGUAAAAAAAUACUGACAGUAGCUGGGAGGGAAUGACAGGAAUUAGAGUACUAGAUUGUCGUACGGAGGAUGCCUGGUUGGAAUCCAGACAACGGAUUUUAAGUUUUUUGUUAUAUUUGUUAAAAUAUAUAUAUGUGACAACCCAAGACUUGUUUUGAAGGUGCACGUUCACCCCUAUGACCAUGACUCGCCUAAAAUACUUUUUUAUGCAUUGUUGAUUUUAGUUACAUUUUGUUUUAAACAGGAUUAUAUUUUGAGUUGUGUUAUGUGGUGACACGCUAGUAUAAAAGGUCGCAGAAAAAAUGUGUGAUUGGUGGCAUGCCCUCCCCACUCUAGAUGAAACCAAGUGUAGAAAUAGCCGUGUUAUAGUUAAAUAGUCGUGGUUUAAAAUAUAUUGAGAUGGCGUUAAAUAAAUAUUCUUCUUCCAUUCCUUGAUCGUGGUGGAGUGGGUAGAAAUGAGUUUUCUCUAAAUGAUAUCGAGUGUCAAAAUAGCCGUUUUACAGUUGAGUAGUCGUGAUUUAUUAUAUAACAUUUAGUGAAAUAUCUUAAAAUAUCAGUGAAAUAAAAGUGUUAUCAGUCACUCAGUCACGAUAACAC